AUGAACGACGAACUCUCGGCUGCUGUGGGCUACAGCCUUGUCUCAGAACCAACGACGGAAGGCGAGUACUGUGAUCUGAUGGACGAUUUCAACCCGUUGUGCAUACAGGACUCUGUGUUUGACGACAACUUUGACGCCGAUGCCACCGGCACAUUUUCAGAUCCCUUAGAUGCCAGGGACAGUGUCGCCGUAGCGCCUGCGGACGAUGGGACCGAGGUGGACUUCAGUGACCCAUUGGUUUCGGAGAGCCAGGACAGAAGCCUGUACGAAGUGACCGCAGAAGAAGCCUGCCAAGCGACCGGAGGCGUGUCAGUCAACGGCAAUGGCAGUGUGCGGCGAGAGCGGCGCAAGCAGCGGCGUUACCGCACCACAUUCAGCAGCUUCCAGCUAGAGGAGCUCGAGAAGGCGUUCCAGCAAAGCCGCUACCCGGAUGUCUUUGCCAGGGAGGACCUAGCUGCCAAGAUACAGCUGACCGAAGCGAGGGUACAGGUGUGGUUCCAGAACCGGAGGGCGAAGUUCCGCAAGCAGGAGCGCCACGACGCCAAGCGGUUGUCUUCCUUGCUUGCCGAAGCCAGCAUGUUGGCAGGCGAGGGCAGUGCGGACUCGACGGUAGCCGUCGAUGGUCUCGCCGGUAUAAGCGUCGACGUCCUCAAGGGUCUCCUCAGCGGCCUCUCCGGCGACUCCUUUGCGGAUCCAACGCAAAUGGGCGUUGCUGAGCCACUCCUGGAAGGCUUCGGCAACGAGAGCACCGGUAACUGCGACAUCGGCAGUGCCGUGCUAGCGACAGACACCGCCGCAGGAUUCAGCGCGGUGGACUUCGAGCUGCAUCCAGACACGACCCACUCGUUGACAGAGGCCGAGGAAACGCAGAACCACUCGGGAAACGUGCCUCGCGCCGUCGCGCCAGAUGGCGACUUGCUUCAGAUCGCAUUCGGCUCGGCCGUGGAAGACUUGACGCCACCCUCUUCUCUGGUCGACUGCCGUGACAGCGCGCUCAGCGACUCCGUGCAGAGCAUGUUCGUCGAGAUGUGCUUUCCCAGUGGCAUGCAAGAGGGCGAACUGUGAACGCGAAACGCCGAGAGGUGGUUCUCGAGAUCAUACUUUCGCGGUGUUUAGAUGAUCUCAAGAAAGCCGUGUUGCGCC